GGCAGGCACACGGGACACACAUGCAAGCGAGCGAGCUCUGGUUCGUGCGCCACGGGCAGACCGACUGGAACGUGGAUCAACGUCUGCAGGGACAUGAGGACGUCCCGCUCAACGAGGCUGGGCGUCAGCAGGCUGCGGCCGCCGCCACGUACCUCCAGGGACUGCAUGCGACGGCUCGGUUCGACGCGAUCGUCUCGAGUGAUCUCUCUCGCGCGCUGGCGACGGCCGAGGCCAUUCGCGGGGCGCUUGGCAUCACGGCCAUUGAAACGGACGCAGGCCUGCGCGAGCACGCGCUCGGGUCGCUUCAAGGCCACGUCGUGAGGGCCAUGCCACCGCACCUGCGCCGCGAGUACGACAACCUGCGCACCAACCCAGACUAUAAAAGCCCAGGCGGUGGCGAGUCGUCGCGCCAGAUGUACGAGCGCGUCGUCCGUACGCUCGAUUCGCUUCCGCAGCGGUACCCUGGUCAGCGAGUGCUCGUGACGACGCAUGGUGGGUGGCUCUUCCACGCACACCGCUACCUCCUCCAGCUCAGCAUCGACCGCAGCCAGGAUGCGAUUCCCAACGCGUGCAUUUGCAUCGUGCGCUUCGAGCCAUCGACGCGGGCAUGGAGCAUACAAGCAUGGGGCGUCACCGAUCACUUGAAGCAAGCAGGCUGCAACGGCUAGUCAAGAUCGUGUCACCUUAGUUGGUGUACGUUGAAGCAUCCACCCAUAGUACACAUGUGCGUACACCUACUACUAGCCUAGUCGAGAUCCAUCUCCUCAUGGCGUCUCUGGAAGCUCGUGCCACGGCGAAUAGCCGCCACGUAAUCUCAUUUGCGUGCGAUUAGCCUUAGUCAUGUAGUUAGUCGAAACAGAGCUCCUCGAAUCCACCAUGCAUCGCAGCCGCAUGUCCUCAGC